GCUACGGGGGGGUAUAAAGAGCUCAGCGGGGACCCCCCCCCCGCCCCAUGUCCGAGCCCGCUCCACUGCCCGGCAUGGCCCGUCCGCCGCUGCCCGCUGCCGCGCUGCUGGCCGCCGCUUUGCUGCACUGCGCGCCCGCCGCUCCCGCCCGCCGCCACAAGCCGGAUGUGUCUCGAAAGCAUCACACCUGGAAGGAGCAGAGUCCUUGGCUGUCUUCCUUGGUGAACGCUGUGGGGACCGGUGUUCCUGCUAAGGGCUUCCCUGUGGGUGUGGAUGAGCAGGCAGCACGCUGGAACCCACCUCGGUGCGGCGUGCCGGACCUCCCAGUGUUGCCGGACAGCCAGAAUGGGCGGAACCGGCAGAAGCGGUUUGUCCUCUCUGGUGGACGCUGGGACAAGACCGACCUCACCUACAAAAUUAUCAGGUUCCCAUGGCAACUUGUAAAAGCUAAAGUGAGAAGGACCAUUGAGGAAGCUUUGAAAGUCUGGAGCGAUGUGACCCCGCUGACCUUCACUGAGGUGCAGGAGGGACGGGCUGACAUUGUCAUUGAUUUCACAAGGUACUGGCAUGGAGACAACUUGCCUUUUGAUGGGCCUGGAGGGAUUCUGGCACACGCGUUCUUCCCCAAGACACACCGGGAGGGAGAUGUCCAUUUUGACUAUGAUGAGACCUGGACGAUUGGGAAUAACCUGGGCACUGACCUCCUGCAAGUGGCUGCUCAUGAGUUUGGCCAUGUCCUGGGCCUGCAGCACACAGCUGUCUCCAAGUCACUGAUGUCUCCUUUCUACAUCUUCCGCUACCCACUAAGUCUGAGUGAGGAUGACAAGCAAGGUAUUCAGUACCUCUAUGGGAAACCCAAACUGGAUCCCGAUCCAACCCCAACUCAGCCAGCAGAGCUGGCCCAGCCAGACCUUGAAACAAAUGAGAUCACUAAUGUGGAGUCUUUACAGCCUGACGCCUGCGACACAACUUUCGAUGCUGCAUCCACCAUCCGAGGGGAGCUGUUCUUCUUCAAGUCCCGCUAUGUGUGGCGGCUUCGAGCUGGAAAGCUGCAGGACGGCUACCCAGCUCUGGCCUCCCGCCACUGGCAGGGGAUCCCCAGCUCUGUUGAUGCCACCUUCGAGGACCCUCUGGGCAAUAUCUGGUUUUUCCAAGAUUCUCAGUACUGGAUUUAUGAUGGCGAGAGACGGGUAUCUGGUCCCACCCCAAUUGUGGAGCUGGGCCUCCCUGCAUCCCCUGUGCAGGCAGCUCUGGUGUGGGGGGCUGAGAAAAACAAGAUCUAUAUCUUCAGUGGAGGCAACUACUGGCGCUUCAACCCUCACACCCGCCAGGUGGACAACAUCUACCCCCGGGCCAUGGCUGACUGGCGCGGCGUCCCUCAGGAGAUUGACGCGGCUUUUCAGGAUGAGUUUGGUUUUGCCUAUUUCCUGAGAGGCCGAGAUUACUGGAAAUUUGAUCCAGUCCAGGUGAAAGUUCUGGAGAGCUACCCACGCCAGAUCAACCAAGACUUCUUCAGCUGUACACCUUCCUCCAACUCCUUCAGAUGAGGGGAAUGCCUGUGUCCACCACACUCCCCUUUCAUCACCCAUACGUUCAGCAGCCACACAGAGGGUUCCUUCUGCCAUUCCUGGCCUUCUUGCAGGCUCAGCAUCUGACACAACAGAUGUCUGUCACAGCAAGUGACAAUGUUUGCUCCUCUCCACUUCCAGCAGCCCCAGCUUCAGUUGCUGUCAAUGUAAAAGCAUCUGCUGCAUUCUUCGCAGGCAAGAGCAGCCACUAAGCCCUUAACAUGGCCAUGCUUUUCUAGCAAUAGCAUCCCAAAAGCCAUCAAGCCAACCUGGAAUGGGGUCACGCUCCUAAUUAACCCAGACCCCAUCCUCUAGAACUGAUCCGAUGGCAUUUCCUAUGUUUACAUGGCUCACAACAGCAGUCUUUUGUUGCUCCAGAUGUUGACCUGGGAAGAGGGCUUUCACUGAGACACCUCCCUCAGCCUUAGUCAGAGGCUUUGAAGGACACAGACCAUACCUGCAGAGGACUGCAGACGUGCAGCUGCUGCCAGGGUCACUUCACUGGGGCUGCAGCAGUGGCUGCUGGGACCCUGCCAUAGCCCUACUCCUGGUUUUACGUUGUAUGAAUAGUACGCAUUAGGAUUUUAUACUGAUUUGUACAUAGACAAGGGGCCCCCUUCCUUCCACGGUGCUGGGUGCCAGUGCUGGACGCUGCCCCGUCGCUCCCUGUGCUCAUACCGAGUUAGGUUUCCCCAUCCUGGGUUGCUCACACCUGCACUGAUGGGUCUCAUACCACCAUUCCCGGUCUGCCUGGACACCAGGCUGGGGGCUGACACCGUACAGCCCUACUCCCACUCUUUGCACACCCCUCGUUGCUACAUAACCUUAUGCCAAAUAACACCAAGGGGGCUACGGCCGGUUUCUUUCCUUUCCAACCUACCCGUGCCGCGCCCGGGUGACCUGCUGGAGGCAGCGCAGCGAGCGGCCUAGGGGCGCGGAGGGUGGCAGUGACCGUGCCCGUGCCCGCCCCACCGCCGGGGGUCUCGGUGCCGGCCACUCCUCAUGAGCGCAGCUGUAAAUGUUUGUAGACCGUGAACAUGCCCCCACUCCCCACCUACACGUACACAACCGUGUGUGAGUACAGCCUGUAUUUAUGUACC